AUGGCCGAAAAAGCAUCUACGGUCCGUCAACGUAAGGUUGAUGUACCUGUCACAACUAAGAGCAAUGGCAAGAUCGUGGAUCCAUCGUUGAUCAGGAAGGAAGACCAUGUCUCCGCCCUUGAUGUGUUCCGCAGUCUCGCAUUCGUGGUUCUCGCCAGUUGCGCAUUGAGUUAUUUCGUGACAAGGGAGAGUUUGUUUUGGAAUCUUAGCAGGCCGAAAUGGACGAAUCCGGAUGUCGUGAAGGCUUGGUUGGCAGGUCCAAAACAGUACACCGACGCCGACCUAGCAAAAUACGACGGAACAGACGAAUCCCUCCCUAUCCUCCUCGCUAUCAACGGGACCAUCUAUGAUGUCUCCGCGGGUCGACGCCACUACGGUCCAGACGGGUCAUAUCACUUUUUCGCGGGCGCGGAUGCCUCGCGCGCAUUCGUUACUAGCUGUUUCGAUGUAGACCGUAAUCCGGAUCUGCGAGGUGUUGAGAAGAUGUAUAUCCCGCUUGACAAUCCAGAGGUGGAUUCGUUGUAUGCGGAGGGCGAUUUGAAGAUGUUGAAGUAUCUGGAGAAGAAGGCGGCGAAGCAGAAGGUUCAUGAUGCGUUGAAACAUUGGGUUGACUUCUUCGCGAAAUCACCAAAAUACCCAGCGAUUGGACAGGUUAAGAGGGAGAAGGGUUGGGAGACUAAAGGUCCUGUGCCGACUCUGUGUGAGAAGGCUGAGAGUCAAAGACCUACUGCUAGAGCUAGGCCGGCUGGGAAAUAA